AUGAAUGCACGUGCAUUGUGGGGGUCUUCAUGUGGUGGCUGUGCCGACCGGGUGGUAUCUACGAUCCAGGACUGGAACCCAGCACAGACACACAGGCACGAGAGCGGGCGUGGCGCAUUGGCCAGCGCGGAUGUCACCGUCUACCGCCUGCUCACGGCUGGCACGAUUGAAGAGAAGAUUUACCAUAGGCAAAUCUUUAAGCAGUUCCUGACAAACCGUGUGCUGAAGGACCCGAAGCAGCGACGCUUUUUCAAGACCAAUGACCUGCACGAGCUUUUCACACUUGCUGAUGAUGGCAAAAAGAAGCGCACUGAGACGAGUGCCAUCUUUGCUGGCACUGGCUCAGACAUCCGGCUCAAGCGGAAGAAGAGGACGUUGGACUCUCCGAGGAAGGGAGGAUGUGAAAGCACGCUCAACUUGCAUGCCAGCAGUAGUGGCAGCGAGCAGCAUGCAAUGGCUGUUGACACUGUGAAGGACACUGCUGGUGAAAGUGGCAUGAAAGUAGACGGUUGUGUGAGCCCAUCUGGUGGUUUGCCAUGUGCUUCAGACUCACCAGGUAAUGACGCUGAGCUCCUGAGUGAAGAGAAAAUUAGGCAGAUGCGUGAGCUGGCAAGACGGCUGAGCCAGAGAAUUGGCCAGGGACCAGCCAAGAAAUCAAGUGACAAACAACGCAACAACAGCAUCGUGGAAGGUGAGAGCAUCAACUACGUGGUCAAGCAAGCAACAUACAAGCCGGAAGUCAUCCAGAACAGAGCCAGGAGCAUGACGAUUACGUGCUACAAAAGCUUUUCAAGAAGUCCGGUAUGUGCUUGAUGCGU